AUGGAUUCCCUCAGGCUUGAAUUGGAACAGGCGAGGGGUGAUUUGUCUUCAAAAAAAUACGAAUUGGAAUGUCUAGAAAAGGGGGUGGAGAAGAAAGAUAACAUAUAUAAACGGGCGUUAGACUCUCUGUCUUCGGCACGAUUAAAUUUAACGGAGGAAAAUUCUCGUCUCCGAGAGAUAAUCUCAAAAAAAGAUAAUGAAAUAGUAGAUCUCUCUAAUCCCCCACCUCCGCCUAUGAACGAUUCGUCGCAAAAGCUACCAGGUUGGCUCAGUGAUGAUCUAAGACCCCUCGUCCAUAAGCAUGGUCUUGAAGAUAAAGUUAUGGAAUUCGAUAAAAGUUUUGCCAGGGAAAAUAUAUUAGAGGCUUUGCAAGAGCUAUUACCUCCGGAUGAGAUGAUUUCGAGAAGCGGUCGGUCCACCGAAGGGAGGGACCCCAUCAGUCAGGCAGAUACCUUACCUAAUCAAUCCGUUCAUAAUCGACCAGCACAUUUCGAAAAUUCUAUUUCGAGGGAAGGGGUUGCGAAGCAAUCAGGUGGCGCAGAAGUAAUACCUCUAACACCAGCUAUCCCUGUCGUUGCGAGCUAUUUAUUGCAAUUAUAUGGCUCGUGGUUGGGAAAAAAAUAUGGAAUUCGUUGA